GCUUCAUUAUUAUCAUUACUAUUUUUUUGUCGCCUCAGUGAGAUUUUCUAACUUUGUGGAUAGUUUUCAUUGUUAUUUCUUCCUGCAAUCGAGAUGAACGAGAAAUGGAUGCAGUGCAUAGUCGUGAGUCUAUUAUGAAGCAACGCUAAACAAUAUCAAGAGGAGGAGGAUGAUAAGCGUGAUCAGCAAAGCAAGACACGAAUGAAGUGAAAGGACUGGAUACAUGAGAAGGAAAAAAAAAAAAAAGAACGAAAGAUUAAGAAACGAGUGAAGUAUAGAAUAAAAGGGGGAUAAAGAGUAUUGUGAUAAAUCGACAAUAACACAAAGAUGAUAAAAACGAGGAAGCAAGUGAAGUAAAUCUCGGAAAGUGAAACACGAAGAUGAAGGAGGAGAAGGAAUCCAUCUUUCCCUUCAGGCGGAAAAGCACGAACAGGCUUUCCCUUCACCUGGAGAGGAAGAGGGAGAAAAAGGAAGAUGGACAACUCAAACGCGCCUCCUGGUCCUCCUUCCCACUCCUCCGUUUCUCCUCCUCCUCUUCUUCCUCUUCCUCCUCCUCCUCCCCCGCGGUCCCUGACAAGAGGGGCUUCGGGCGGAAGUGCAACAGUUCAGAGGAAAUCAAGCACGUAGGGAACAAGAACUCGUCGUCAAAGGGAAACUUCCAGAGGGGAUCAAACGCCAGUAUCCGCAGCUCAGUCUCCACGUCGUCUGCGUCAUCCACCUCGUCCAGCGUGCGCACGGGCGGCUCCAGCUCCAUCACCAGCAUCCUGGAGGGCUCGGGCUCAGACACGUUCUCCUGUGACUCCUACGGCGGGAUUGUGAAUGACAGCCACCACUACCCAGGCAGCAGACUACCCAACGAGGCCACGCACCCCAACUACCACGGUCACGGCCAGGUCACGAGGGAGGGGCGGGAUGACAGCCUCUCUCUGCCUUCACUGGGGCAGGAUGCGGACAGCGACAACGCCCUGGGCAACACCUCGCCUAGGAUAGUGUACGCGCACCGCAAGACUCAAGACGUGGAGCACAGGUCACGGAAACAGCUGGUGCAGGAGCUCGAGGCAGUGAGAAGGACUGGCUCCCUCCCUGGCGGGCUCGAGGCGCAUGUACAGAGGACGAAACAACUCGAGAGUAAGUUAUCCAUCCCUGCAACGGACAAAACGAAGCCAAAGCAUAAGAAGAGUUUCAGUUUCAUCCAUAAUUCUAAGUUUCUGGGUCGCUUGGAGGCCCGGACGAGGCGGGAAGGGAAGGCGGCGUGCGAGGAGGAGGCCACGGCGGAUUAUAGAGACGCAGGUUGUGGAGAUAAGAAGCCAGCAGCAUCCUCUGUCCAACCUUUGGUACCUCACCACCAGGAGGCCCCGCCAGUACACCUCAGCUUCCACCAACGCAGCACGCUAGGGCGGCAGUCUCCGCCUCUCCCGCCGCCGCCUCCCGCUCCACGACUACAAGCCCCGCGGUCCUCGCCAGCAGAGUACCGCCGCCACCAGGACACAGCCUCACUACACACUCCCUCGCCUCCACGAUACAACCACUCACCUUCACCCUCACCACAAUCACGGCACCACUCACCGGGACGCCCCUCGCUCGCCUCACUACACUACAGCCAGUCAGUAACGAUCACCGGUUCCCCGCCACCUCCGCCUUUCCUCAACCAGACAGAUGGACAAGCUUCCCCCCCACAGUACUCCCUCGCCGCCUUCCUUAACGAGGCAUUCGGCAGCAGUAGCAGCAACAACAACACCAGCAACAACAACGGAAGUUUACCAGUGAGACCGAGCGUGAAAACCCUUGCACCAACCACCACCACCACUUCCACCACCACAAGCGUCACCGAAACAAACACGCAGCAGCAGAGCCAGCCGAGCAGUCGCUACACGGAGGCGUACAACCCGAGGUACCUGGAGACAAGCUUCGAUUCACCUUCAGAUUUCGUCAUUGAGAGAAACUACGCGAACCUUCUGCCUGAGAUACGUGACAUAUACCACCACGUGCUGUUUAAGGGCAAGGAUCCCCGUCUGCCGCUGUCCAGAAGUGAAUACGUGGACUUGGAACUAAAACAAAACUUCCUUGGCGUGAUCGGGGACACCAUAGAGGAAGAGGAGGAGGAGGAGGGAGCAGAAAGCGAGAGUGAGAUUGGAGAUUUGUUGUGCCAGGUGGAUAGUGAGUGCUUCGAGCGGACCAUGGAGGACAGGCUGGAGGAGAUGGCCGGCAAGGAGGAGGUGGACGCGGAGUGUGCACCGCUGGAGGCCGCCAAAGAGGGAGAAGGGAAGGCUAAGGGAAAGAAGAAGACGGAACUCAAGUUGAAGUUGAUUAAGCCUGAGAACAAUAUGGUGAAGAGGGUUCAGAAGAGUCGUCUGCUGCGCCACAUCUCAGAGGAGAGCGAGUCCAUGAACAGCGCGGGCGAGGACGAGGUUGAGCUGAGGACGCCAAGCACGCCAAGGAGUCCUGCCAUCGACAUCGACAACGCCUUCGAGCUGAAACACCGCGAGAUCGCCGAGGACACUGACGAGAUGUCCCGCCUACGUGACCUGACGACGAGACUUCAGCUGACCACGAGGCGCCCUUCCUUCCUGGACUGGGCGGCGGUGCUGAAGGAGCGAGGGAAGAGGGUGGGCGAGGCGCUGGCCACCCACACGCCCAUGGUGAUGGACGGGCGGGAGGGGGAGCAAGAGGCCGAGGAGGAGCUGAGUAUGGACAGAAGAAAACAUAAUUUGCAAACUGCCGUGGACUGGGUCAGGAAAGAACUGACGGACAUGAGGCAGCAGGAUCAACAGCUGGCCAGACAACUGUUGCAGCUUCGCGUUGAGGUGCAGCGGAUACGUUUGCUACACUCCUGCCUGGCCACCUCUUGUCUGCUGGAGGAGGUGGCGAGCGGGGCCGAGGAGGCACGGAUGAUGGAGACUUCAGACCUGUGUGACCUUCCCCCCGAUCUGAGAGAGACCUUUUCGCCCGUGCUGAGGGAGAUGGGACUGACCAGAAUGAACAUAACAAGUCGACGUUUCUCCCUACGGUGAUGCAGGACGAGCCAUAUUGAAAAAUACACGAAGAGUACGGAAACUGGAGUGUGAGCGAAACAAAAUGGAACAGAGUGACAUGUGACGCGUGAAAGAAAAUGAAAAGAAAAAUUAAAAUAAAAAGAAAUAAGGAAUGAUAAAAAAAAAAAUAUUCGAGUGAAGGAAUGAGAGAGAGAGAGAGAGAGAGAGAGAGAGAGAGAGAGAGAGAGAGAGAGAGAGAGAGAGAGAGAGAGAGAGAGAGAGAGAGAGAGAGAGAGAGAGAGAGAGAUGAAAUGCAAUAAAAGCAAACAAAUGAUGAAAAAGGAAAGGUUAAAGUGGAGUGCAAGAGAGAAGAGGAAAGAGAAAGAGAAGGAAAAAAAAAGAAAA